UAAAGUUUUCAAUUCUAACUUAACACAAACAAUUAAUACAAAAUAAAAAUAUGUUUGGCUCAUUUGCUUUUAAAUUUUUGGUUUUGGUAAUUUGUCUUUGGAAUGUUUGCUGUGAGGAGCAGGAACCGGUGUAUAGAUAUCGCUAUGAAACCCAGGACAUGAUGAAGACUUCUGCCACCUCAGUUCCACUUAAAGGAUAUCAUGUAGUUGAAGGCAAUUACUAUCCUGCAGAAUCUGGAUUAAUUGGUCAUUCCUCUGUAGGCCCUGUAAGCUUAGGCGGUUUAGGAACUGUAGGUGGCGGAAAAUUCAUUGGACCCAUCGGUGCUCCCAUUGGAUUUGCUGGCCAAGGAGCAUUUAUUGGAGGCCAAGAAGGUAUAGGCUACAGAGGUGUUGAACAUAUAGGCUAUGGAGGUGCCCACUUGCCACAAGGUCCCAUAGGCAUUGGAGGUGGGUUAAAUGGAGCAGGAGUCGGAUAUACUCAUCAUGUAGCACCCCAAUUUAUUAGCGGAAGUGGUGUAGGCCCUGGGAUUGGCGCAGUUGGAUUAGUAGGAGGUGGAGGAUAUGUUGCUCCUCAUGUUCAUGGAUACGGAGGUGAAGAGGUUGAGAAGAGUCACUUUGGAGGCGAGAAAAAGGCUUUGGCUGAUGUUAAGUACGAAAAAGCCCAUGGAAAUGAAGGGCAUCAGUUAAAUCACGGACAAGAGGGGUAUUCUCAUGGAUCACAAAUUGUCAAGGAUCUAAAGGGAGAAGAUGGGUAUUAUAAAAAUGCUGCUGGAGGCAAGAACGUCGCUCAAGAUGGCAAACACUAUACCGGUGCCCAAUCAUACAACCAGGAAGGUAAAAAUGGAGAAGAAAAGAAGUUGAAUAAUGGACACAAAAAGGGACAUCGCAUCAAGGGUUUCAAAUCUUCCCAUCACAAAGAUGAGUCUGGAAAAACUGAGGAGUACUAUGAUGAGGAGCACGAUGAAGGAAACAAUUUUGCAUUUAAUGGACUUAAUGGUGCUUUCGGACAAAGCGGAGAAUCUUCGUUCAAUGGUGGCCAUCAAGAUGGUAAAUUUAAUGAAGAAGAACAAAAGAAAAGUGGUCAUAUUAGCAGUCAAUACGGGGUCAACAAAGAAGUCAGCGACCAAGGCAAAUAUGGACAAAAUAAAUAUGCUGGAAGUGGCCAAACUUUUGGAGUCAACAAUGGAGUCGAUCAGCAAAGUCUUUUGGGCCACCAAGAAAAUUCCAAGUUCUUUAAGCAUCAUGCUGUGCCUUUUUACCAUCAUUACUAAAAAUAGUGUUUUGAAAUAGCCAUGUAUUUUUGUAUUAUAAUUUAUUUUGUAGAGUUUUGUAUUAAAUGUAUGUUAAAAUACAUCUUGGAAAAUCAAAAAAAUAAAUAUAACACUUCUUAAA